AUGACCAUGGAUUAUCAAGGACUCAGAGAAAAGUACCACCAAGCUGGUCAGGGCCAUGUAUUUACUUUCUUUGAGCAACUGUCUGCCAGUGAACAAGAAGCGUUUUUGCGUCAAUUGAGCAAGGUAGACAUCGAGAAGGUGACCAAGACCGGUAAGAAAGCGAUGAAGGGGCCUGAGAACCUGGCAUGUCAGUUGGAGCCUCUUCCUACAGAGGUGAUUGGGGAUGUUGCUUCCAACCGUGAAGAGUGGUGUAAACUGGGAAUGCGCUUGAUCCAACAAAAUCAGGUGGCUGUCAUCUUGAUGGCAGGUGGUCAAGGCACUCGCUUGGGAUCUGCUGAACCCAAGGGCUGCUAUGACAUUGGGCUGCCAUCUCACAAGUCCCUGUUCCAAUUGCAAGCGGAACGUAUCUGUCGUCUGCAAACGUUGGCCGCCAAGGAUGGCCAAGACGCUGUUAUUCCGUGGUAUAUCAUGACUUCGGGCCCCACUGAUAAACCUACUCGCGAUUAUUUUAAAAAGCACAAUUACUUUGGUUUAAAGCCUGAAAAUGUCAUCUUUUUCGAGCAAGGUGUCAUGCCUUGUUUUACUCUGGAUGGUAAAUUCAUGCUCGAGAGCAAGGGAAAGCUGGCUGUGGCUCCUGAUGGCAAUGGUGGUAUCUAUAGUGCGCUUCACAGAGAGGGUGUCAUUGAAUCGCUCAAGCAGCGAGGCAUUCGUUACUCUCAUUGUUACUGUGUCGAUAACAGUUUAGCCCGUGUUGCCGAUCCCGUCUUCAUCGGUUAUUGUGCUUCUCGUAACACAGAUUGUGGCAUCAAGGUGGUGCCCAAGAGCAUGCCUGAAGAGCCUGUUGGUGUCGUAGCUCGUCGUAACGGUAAAUAUGGUGUAGCUGAGUACUCUGAAAUAAGUCAAGAGCUUGCACAAAAGCGCUUGGAGAACGGACAAUUGGCAUUUGGCGCAGCCAACAUUGCCAAUCAUUUCUUCUCGACUGAAUUUUUGGAGCGAGUGCCUACGUUUGCGGAUGAACUAGAGUACCAUGUCGCCAACAAGAAAAUUGCUCAUGUCGAUACUGCCACUGGUGAGAUUAUCAAGCCCAGUAAGCCUAAUGGAGUCAAAUUGGAGCGCUUUGUAUUCGAUGUAUUUGGACACAGCAAAGCAUUCAGUGUGCUUCAGGUAGAUCGCAUGGAUGAAUUUUCUCCCUUGAAGAAUGGGCCGGGUGCUGGUGUGGAUUGUCCCGAGACAUCCAGAGCUGAUAUUUUGAGUCAAGCCGAGCGAUUCAUUAACAAGGCAGGUGGCCGUUAUUUGAACAAGGAAAUCCAAGUCGAGAUCUCACCAUUGCUUUCAUACGGAGGUGAAAAUUUAGAGUCUAUCUCUGGCGAAACUGUCAAGAAAUCAAGCAUCUUGAACACCUUGGACGAUAUUGCUUCGAUUAUUUAG